AUGACGCACACGCACAGGCCACACCAGGUCCUCUUUCUAGCUGUUGUGGGUUCGGCGCUGUGCGACAUUUGGAUCAUCAUCGUCAAAUCUAUUGUCAUCAAUUGGCAUCUGAAGCAGAUCAUCUUCCUCGCUCCGACGGCUAUCCUGCUGCCUGCUUUGUCUACAGCACGAGAGUCACCCCGUUGGCUCGUCGCGAAAGGAAGGCUGGACGCAGCAGAAACAGUCAUGAUGGAGGGGGCUAAGACAAACAAUUUCCCGAUUGCGGUCACGGCCUGUCUCGUGGAGAAGCUCAGGGAACAGAUCCAGAACCACGUGGGUCAGGAAGGCGCAGACGCAGACGAGUUGAUCGACUGUCGCUCCCUCCGACGUCGAGCGUUGGCAAUGUUCGCGGUAUGCUUUUCGGUAUCGUUCGUCUUCUACGUCAACGCUUUCUCCACGGCGCAAUGGAGGGGAUUCUGGAUACCGGGCCUCAACGUCGCCGUCACACUGUUGACGUACGCGGCGAUGCACUUCCUGAUGACUGGUGUCACCCUUAUCACAGUACUUACCAGUUGCUUCCUUCUGACGGGCGUCAUCCAAUGCGCGAUGAGUAUCACCGCCGGCGCUGGACUCGCCACCAUCACCAAGGUCUUGCUCGUGUUAUCCAAGGGCGCGUCCACUGUGAUUUACGUCCACUGUUUCACGUAUGUCGCUGAGCUGUUCCCAUCGGCCGUGAGGGGCGGCGCCCUCUGCUGGGCAUUCGCCUCUGGACGUGCCGCGGCCAUGUGCGCGGCAGUGACUUUUGUAUUGAAGCCGACCGGACAUGAAGACGUGGUCUUUGGCGUGACGGGACUGUUCCUUUUCGCUUCUCUGCUUGUCAUUCGUGCCCUGCCACGCACGACUGUGGUGGAGGAAGCAAAAAUCGUGGCCAGGGACGCUUCGGACUCCACUAGAAUUGCCUUGGAUCACAUGAAGCGGACCUUGGAGCAGCAUACGUGGCAAAAGACGACCAAGACCGCAAGCUUGGAGAGUUCCAAGUCCUCCGGCAAGAAGAGUCGAAAAAGCGUUGGCAGCAGCAGUCUGGGCAGUUCUAAGUUACGCCGUGGAUUUAGCACCGACCGCAUGCAGAUGUGA